CACGACACUAAGUACAAGGAGGCUGCGUUUGUUUGAGCAGGUGUACGGCUAGGUUUGAAUUAAAUCUAAAAAUUUUAGCGGGAAAAAACAAAGGAAAGAGCGGGGCCGAUUAGAUAAUAGAUCAAAGGAUCGAAAUUGAAUUUGAGAGAGUUGAAAACGUAAAAAGGAGCAAGCUUUUCACAAAAUCCAUGAUAGAAAUCGAAGAAGACGAUGAUAUAUUUCUGUCUCAGGUAGCAGAAGCUGAAGCCAAGGCUCUCUCCAAUAAGUGGCGCCGCGUCAAUUCCAUUGAUUCAGCAAAUGGCGAGGAGAAGAAGAGGAAACACGAAGAGGUCAGUGAAGGUGUGUACAUGGCUGCCCUAAGAGGAAGCAAUAGUCUUCGCUGGCAACAGCUCAGUAAUGCUAAUUCUUCAAAAAGAUGUAAUGUCAAGCCUUUUGAUCCUCUUCCUCAAUAUAAUAACAAUGAAUCCCCAUUCCACGGUGGCGGUGGCGUAGACUUGGAUGAGAAGAGUUGUCCUUGCGGGUUAGGUAAUUGUGUUGUUCUAACUGCCAAUACUGAGAGAAAUCAGGGGCGCAAGUUCUAUAGAUGCCCUUUUAGACAAGAAAAUGGGGGUUGUGGGUUCUUUGAAUGGUGUGACGGUGCUUCUAAUUCCAAAGCAAAUCGAAUAUAUGCAUCGGAUGUUCCGUGUCCCUGUGGUGCCGGAUUUUGUCUCAUUCUCACUGCUAAAACUGGGAAAAAUAUUGGCCAACAAUUCUAUCGAUGUCCAGCAAAUCAGGGAAGCUCUUGCAGCUUCUUCAAGUGGUGCAAUGACACUGUCAUAGCAGCAGGUGCUCAGCCAGCAAGUGUUUUAAAUGUAAGCAGCACCAAUGACUUGAGCAAGAAAAGCAACAGCGUAAGAACUGCUUCAUCCUGCUUCAAAUGUGGCAAUGAAGGACACUGGGCAGAAGAUUGCCCCUCCCAUUCAUCACCCCAAUCUCGUGUUCCUGCUGAUUCUAGAGCAAGAACAGCAGCCUCUUGUUUUCCUGCUGAUGCUGAAGCCAGGACUGCUGCUGCCUCUAGUACUUGUUACAAAUGCGGUACGCCUGGGCACUGGGCAAGGAACUGCACUUCUGGUCAAUAUAACUGAGGCUAGAUAUGUUGUAGGUUUCUGCAAGUUGUGAGGUUGUUCUUCUAAUGUUUUCUGAACUUGUUAUGAAAUGGGAAAAUUUCCACAAAGUACCGUCAUUUGACAGCAAGAACUUAUUUGCCAACUGUAUCCAUUAAUAAGCAUAGUUUGUGUGUGAAUUCUCCUACUAAUCCAAUUCACACUUUUAACUUGGCAGAUGCUGACAUCAUUGACGUACAGCACUAGUCAAGACGAAGAAAAGAGAAAAGCAUACCCACUAAAAACAAGAUUUAAUUAGCAAAAUACAAUCAUAAAAGGCACAGAACAUUGAUAGAAAAUGAACCCCCAUAUUUUAUACAUUUAUUUAUUUAUUUUUGGUAUAUUAAUAUAGAUGGGUCUCAUUCUCCUCUCACGUGACUUUAGCCUGAAGGAUCUUCCAUUUGCGGACCUGCAAAAC